GUUGUAAACUUAGCUCGCUCAGAGAAAUAGCCAAUAAGCUUAGCAAUCAAUAGCGUUGUCAGCCAUCAAUUUUUUCAAUAACAUCACAAUCAUCGUCAUCAUCUGAAAAGUGCACAAGUGCCGUUGCACUUGGAGCUCUCGUCUAAUUUGAACGACUCAUUACUUCAUACACACACGCACACAUUGACCACCAUGGCCUUUUGGAAUCCCGCGCAACUCAAAAGCCUUUUCGGUUUCUUGGCUCAAAAUAACCUGCCCAAAAAGGAAGAACCAGCUCUACGAGAGGAAAUGGCGCCAAAAGCCAGUGGCGGCAAAGUGGCGAGCCGUGUGAUGGCCAGUAGUGCCUUGAGAUUGGCUGCCAAUGCCUUAUCUCGUGCCAAUUCUCAGAUAUCCGAGGAGAUAUCUGUGGGCGAUGUCCUGGAAUGUUUAGGCACCUUGGAAGAGAAGAAGAACUGCAAGAGCCCGGGUGUGGAACUUGGAACACGACCACGUGCCUUGGUCCGUCAAGAGACCACCAACUCGAUAGAAGAUGGCGUUCAUUCGGCGGCUAGUACUCCCGAGACAUCCAGUAGUACCUUGUGCGAGGAUGCCCGUGCCUUUGAGGAGGAGUGCGAUGAAACCGGAUUGCCGAUCAUUGAUUACUCCGAGGUUCAAGAGCACGACUCACCUGAAGACGGAUGGAUGGUGUUCUACAACAAGGUCUACGAUGUGACCGAUUUCCUGAACCAGCACCCGGGUGGCAGUUUCGUAAUGCACGAGUACCUGGGCCGCGACGCUACCUCCGCCUUCAGCGGUCACUCCUCGGACGCCUACGAGAUCAUGGAUGAUUAUAUGAUCGGGGUUCUGCCCAAACACCAACACUCUAACAUCUACUCGAUACCCAUGUUCCUGAACUAGUUUUGACAGAUUUGAAGGCAGCGUCUGUAGCAAAAUGUGUCAAAAACCAACCAAAGAAGACAAGGUAUCAUUCAAUAAUAGGUGGUACACACACAUACAUACAUGCACCCAGUACGUUCGUUCAUGCAUCACAUCCAAACAAAUGGUCGUGUUCACAUCCGUGCCCAAGUUUGAUCUCAUGGUCAGAAACCAUAGAACGUUCGCGACACAUUACUUAUGACUUGAAACUAUGUGUGAACCUUGAAUAAACUCAUAUCCAAUCAGAA